UCAUUCAACGGACGGUGAAAGUCUGCCGGUCUGCGCCAGCGUCUGAUAUCAAUGGCUUUCAGGGCUCGUUUUAUUUGAAUCCGUGGACUUUUUAUCAUUUCACCUUUAAGAAACCAAUGAUGGAUAUCCUAUGGAUUUUAUGGACUCUACCGUCGGUCCUGGCUGUUGAAGAAAUGUUGAUGGACUCCACCACAGCAACCGCAGAGCUGGGCUGGACAGUAUAUCCUGUUUCGGGGACAAGUGACAGCAGUUGGGAAGAAGUGAGUGGCUACGAUGAAAACAUGAACACUAUUCGCACCUAUCAGGUGUGUAACGUAUUCGACUCCAACCAAAACAACUGGGUGCGCACCAAGUACAUCCGGCGAAGGGGGGCGCAGCGCAUUCACGUGGAGAUGAAAUUUUCAGUGCGUGACUGUAGCAGCAUCCCAAGGGUGCCGGGUUCAUGCAAAGAAACUUUCAACCUCUAUUACUACGAAUCGGAUGCUGACGCGGCCACCAAAGUCUUCCCUCCUUGGAUGGAAAACCCUUGGAUAAAGGUGGACACCAUUGCGGCCGACGAGAGCUUCUCGCAAGUGGACCUGGGCGGACGGGUGAUGAAGAUUAACACAGAGGUUCGCAGUUUUGGCCCUGUCUCACGCAACGGUUUCUACCUAGCUUUCCAGGACUACGGCGGGUGCAUGUCGCUGAUCGCCGUGCGAGUGUUCUACCGGAAGUGCCCUCGCACGAUACGGAACGGAGCGAUAUUUCAGGAGACUCUCUCAGGGGCGGAGAGCACCUCACUGGUGGUAGCGAGAGGAGUGUGCAUCCCUAACGCAGAGGAGGUUGAUGUUCCCAUUAAACUGUACUGUAAUGGAGAUGGAGAGUGGAUGGUUCCUAUUGGCCGCUGUAUGUGUAAAGCUGGUCACGAGGCUGUGGACAAUGGGACUGUUUGCAGAGCAUGCCCCUCGGGUUCCUUCAAGACGGCUCAGGGUGAUGAGAAAUGCCUGCAGUGUCCAAUCAACAGUCGCACCACCAAUGACGGAGCUACCACCUGCGUCUGCAGAAACGGAUAUUACCGCACGGAUUCAGACCCCUUGGAGAUGCCCUGCACAACUGUGCCAUCGGCCCCUCAAAAUGUAAUCUCCAGCGUCAACGAGACAUCGCUGAUGCUGGAAUGGAGUUCUCCACGGGAGACCGGCGGUCGAGACGACGUGGUCUACAACAUCAUCUGCAAGAGCUGCGGAGGAGGCAGGGGGGGCUGCACGCGCUGCGGGGACAACGUUCAGUUUGUCCCACGGCAGCUGGGACUCACAGAGACCCGGGUCUUUAUAAGCGACCUACUGGCCCACACGCAGUACACCUUCGAGGUCCAGGCCGUCAAUGGAGUAUCGGAUCAGAGCCCUUAUUCACCGCAAUAUGCAUCGGUUAACAUCACAACUAAUCAGGCUGCUCCUUCUGCAGUAUCUAUAAUGCACCAGGUCAGCCGUACAGUCGACAGCAUCACUCUUUCCUGGUCGCAGCCGGACCAGCCGAACGGAGUCAUACUCGACUAUGAACUGCAGUAUUAUGAGAAGGACCAGACGGAACAUAACUCAUCCAUAAUAAAGAGUCAAACUAACACCGCAGUCAUCCGCGGCCUCAAACCCGGCGGUAUCUACGUGUUCCAGGUCCGAGCGCGGACGGUGGCAGGGUUCGGACGCUACAGCGGCAAGAUGUACUUUCAGACCAUGACAGAAGAAGAGUACAACACUAGCAUUCAAGAGAAACUGCCUCUCAUCAUUGGCUCGGCGGCUGCUGGUUUGGUUUUCCUCAUUGCGGUGGUGGUCAUCAUCAUUGUCUGUAACCGACGUGGGUUCGAGAGAGCGGAUUCAGAAUACACAGACAAGUUGCAACACUACACCAGUGGCCACAUGUCACCAGGAAUGAAGAUCUACAUCGACCCGUUUACAUAUGAAGACCCCAAUGAAGCCGUGAGAGAGUUCGCAAAGGAGAUCGACAUCUCCUGUGUGAAGAUCGAGCAAGUUAUAGGAGCAGGGGAAUUUGGAGAGGUGUGCAGUGGAAACCUAAAGCUCCCAGGAAAAAGAGAGAUGUUCGUAGCCAUCAAAACCCUGAAGUCAGGUUACACAGAGAAGCAGAGGCGGGACUUCCUAAGCGAGGCGAGCAUCAUGGGGCAGUUUGAUCACCCUAAUGUCAUCCAUCUGGAGGGAGUGGUGACUAAGAGCUGCCCUGUCAUGAUCGUCACAGAGUUUAUGGAGAACGGCUCAUUGGACUCAUUCCUCAGGCAAAAUGAUGGUCAGUUCACUGUGAUUCAGCUGGUGGGCAUGUUGCGUGGAAUCGCCUCUGGGAUGAAAUAUCUGGCAGACAUGAAUUAUGUGCACCGGGACCUUGCCGCCCGCAACAUCUUAGUUAACAGUAACCUUGUGUGCAAGGUGUCUGAUUUCGGCCUCUCGCGCUUCUUGGAGGACGACACAUCUGACCCCACAUACACCAGUGCACUGGGGGGCAAGAUCCCUAUUCGAUGGACUGCCCCAGAAGCCAUCCAGUACAGGAAGUUCACCUCUGCCAGUGACGUAUGGAGCUAUGGAAUUGUCAUGUGGGAAGUGAUGUCAUAUGGAGAGCGACCAUACUGGGACAUGACCAAUCAAGACGUCAUUAAUGCCAUCGAACAAGACUACAGGCUGCCCCCUCCCAUGGACUGCCCCAGCGCCCUUCACCAGCUCAUGCUGGACUGCUGGCAGAAGGACCGGAACAACCGGCCCAAGUUCAGCCAGAUUGUCAACAACCUGGACAAGAUGAUCCGUAACCCCAACAGCCUGAAGGCCAUGACUCCUUUGUCAUCAGGGUGGGUUAGAAAACAUGCAGUUGUGCACUUGCCCUUGCUUGACCGCAGCGUGCCCGACUUCUCUAGCUUUAGUGCUGUCGAUGACUGGCUUGAUGCUAUUAAGAUGGGCCAAUACAAAGAAAACUUCGCCAACGGCAACUUCACCAGCUUUGACCUUGUUUCCCAGAUGACUAUGGAGGACAUACUCAGGGUCGGAGUGACGCUAGCAGGUCAUCAGAAGAAGAUCCUCAACAGUGUUCAGAUGAUGAGGGCCCAGAUGAACCAGAUCCAGUCUGUUGAAGUUUGACCACCAGUGUUCCCAUUGGACUGCGAAGAGUACAAGAGGAGGAGCGGGGGCAUCGUGAAGGGACGCGAUGGGACGGCCACAGAACCUCAUUUUCUUCCGGAUCACCUGCCUCCUUCUCCAAAAACACUCUCUUCUUUAUCCGUCUCAUCAGAAAGCCCCGUUAACCCUCAGCUCUCCUAACGGAUUCGGGAAAGCUGCGUUCGGAAGACACGGUCACAACAUCUGAUCCUUUAGCUUUAGCCUCCACCAAUCACAGGACGUCCAUUCAAUCAGCCUCCGCCUCACAUAUCUCUUUGACUCUUUUGUUUCCUUAGCAAUCAUUUUGUGUAUUUUAUUUUUAUUCCGUCUUCUUUUUUAAAAAGUUUUUGUAAAGAAUUUUUAAAAAGCUAUGAAAACACAAUGAAUCUGUGUAAAAUAUAUAGAUCGGCGUACAAUUGUGGACUGAAAAAUAGGUGGACUGAAUUGAAAGGCUACCCUUUAAAAGGGCAAUAAGGAAACAUGAGAUAAAAAAACUUUGCCCCACAAUACGCUUCUGAGAUUUUCUUUAUAAUAUAUAACGGUGAAAAUCUAGGAAUAAACUGUCUACACAUGCGGGACAACCACCGGGAUCGCGAUCCCUCGAUCACAGCCGAAGGAAAAGACUGUGAACACCAUGAAAUGGAACUUCCUUCUGGCAGCAUUUACCGCCUUGAAGAAAAUAUGAGACUUUUUGCUCUUGAAAUGACUGCAACACGAACAAACAAACAGAGGGAAAAAAGUCUACUCGAAAUAGUCGAAUUUGUGAUGAACAUUUUUCAUUGCUUGGGGGCAAAAGAAAUAUUCAACAGAUGUUACAACCGCCUGCCAAAUAGACCAUCAUUCCUUUGUACCUCGUCCUGUACAUAUCAGAUGCACUUGACAUUGAGAGGUCAUCAUCCUGAUGUAGUCAAACAUUUCGUUUCAGUUUCAGCAUUAGAUGGAUUUACAAUGACAUUUGAUGGAUUUUCUUUCACGUGUGCGUGUGCGUAUGACUCCAAGUGGUCAACUCUCAUAUUCUUCCUCCUUUUUAAAAGGUUUGUUGUGGGCUUUACUUUGAAAGACUGCAUCAGUUAAUACCCCGACCUCCGACAGUGUAUAAAGGAUUUUUUUUGCCUGUAUUGCACGUAUACACACAUACCGUGUGGUCUUCCAUCAUCCAUCGUGUGCGUGUAUUUGUGGGGCCGGAUGAGUGUGCGUGGUACAAAACUACGAUUUCACAAAAAAAAGGAUUUGAUACACUCUGGAUCACUGUGUUGAUCUAUAUAUUUUUGCCACCAAAAUAUGUCAUUUCUUUCAAAAAGAUGUUUUAUAAUGAGCUAGUAGGCAUUUUACUACCUGAUGAAGUAUGCAGUUAUAGGAGAUUUCCAAAAUAGGUAAGUGAUGUUUAUUGUGAAGCAUAGUUUUAUAUGAAAGGUUUCUGAAACGGUACAUUCGCCAGUGUGUUACCUAAUACAUGAAGAAACACAUAGGACAUCUACAGUAGACAGCUUAUUAUAUUAAGCUGGAGGCCAUUUAAAGAACAAAACAUGAAUUUUGUAAACUAGUCCUUCCUGGCGUGUAUAGGUUUUAUUUUUGAAAAAACAAAACAAACAAAAAAAACCAUCCAUAAUCCGUUCGGUACACUUCCACAAAACUCUCUGAGAUCUCUUCCCUCAUGACAUCUGUACCCAAUACAACUAUGUAUAUAACAUAAGUCCUUCUCAGAGAGAUGUUUCUUAAAGCUGUGUUGAAAUUUAGUGUACAGAAUCAUUUCUAUGUCUUGUUGAAAAUGAACGGAGAGUCGAUAUUGUAAAUGUUCGAUUUGGGCUUUUAGUUUUGUACAAAUCUGGGCUAUAAGAUAAGCAGCUUCAUGACUGAUGUGUGUGUGUUGUGUGUUUGCACGUGCAGGUACAUCACUGUGGUUGUCAGUAUACUUCAUGCUCAGCUGAUGAGGGUCUUACUUCAUAACCUCAGGGUUGACAUGCAUCUUUAAACUGCUUUAAAACUGAGCUCAGACCAGCACAGGUAACCAGUCUACAGACUGAUCCAACUCUCAAAGUGCAGAUAAACAGUUAUCAUUCUCAGUUCUUCCCAUUACACAAUGCUUCCAUUAAAAUGAAGAUUCUGAUUUUUACAAUGUUACGUUCUACAUUGUAACAUAAGAUCUUGUUUGCUUUAAACUUUAGAGACAGCUUUAACCACUUCUCACUUUCAUAUCACGUCUGGUCGGGACACGUUGUAGGUCAGGGAGGUGAAAGACAGAUUGAGAUAGAAGGAAGUUCUCACAUUAUAAACUUGAGCGAUGGUGCCAGCAGUCUACCAGUCACCUUUGCCUUUCUAGAGCACUUUCUCUAAACAUUUCAAGACUUAAAGGCGGGGUGCAUGAUCUCUGAAGCCAAUGCUGACAUUUGAAAUUAUCUAAACAAACACGCCCCCACCCCAAUAGAAUCUGGACCUUCUUUUGAUAGACCCGCCCCACACAAACGCAACCCAUGCAAAGAUGUAGGUUAGUAGACACGCCCCUUACUGCUGAUUGGCUACAGACGUCAUUUGGUACUUGGCCCGACUCCCUUUCUCCAGUUUUUUUUAAUCAUGCACCCAAGGGUCUGCGUACAGUGAUCCUCCAGGCUUGAUACUCCUGUACCAGUACUACAGGAUGAUUAUCAAUCCCUUGUCUUCCUCAAAAUAACACUUUCUACUUCACACAUAAACUGCUUUUCUGUUCCUAGAGUGCAAAAGCUAGAACUUAUAAAGUCAUGAUUUGGUGGUUUAGUGAUGUUUGCAGGUUGCUGCUUGUUUUAAAUCCACGUAAUGGUGGAGGAUUAGGAAAGCUUUGAAUGAAGUACCAAGGGAUAUCCUGUACUUUCGAAGCCCAGUUUAUGUUUCUUCAAACGAAAUGCAUUAUUUCAUAUAGUAAAUAUACUUUUCCGCUAUAUGAAUAUGUGGGUUUUCUUGCAGUUUGGCACUGGUGAUCAUACGAGUUUUUGAAGGAACAUUAGCAACCAAUGAGCCUUGCUGUCUGUUAAGAUUUGUUGGGAGAUAUGGAUUUGUUGAAAGAUUGUAAAACGGCUGGGAGUGACAGACAUUUGGUAAAAAGCAUGGUCUGUAUUUACGAAGAAAUAUUUCAUCGCGACGAUCUUGUAUAAUUUUGUUUUCCCACUGUGUCUUUAACCACAGCUGCUGAAGUUUAUUUCGCAGUAGGGGUCUAAUUACUUCAUAUGUCUCCCUCACUCAUUUUGUUGUUCAACAGUACAUAGACCACAGACAAAUGAGACGUGGCGUUGAGAGUGUGAAAGAAUGUCACGCCGAGUGAUUUAGCACCUCUUUUUGUUUUUGUCCGCAUUUAAUCUCACCUUAAAUGAAUAUGUCAACCCAAACCACUUUUUUACGAGGCCUCUAAAUGUGCUGGAAAAGACGUCGGCAUUCUAUAAAACGAAGAAGUUGCAAUAAAACAAUUGAUCAACUGUUGCCUCUGUCACCACUUAAAGCUUUUUAUUGAAAGCCCCUUGACAGCAAGCUGCGAUCAGCAUAUGCUCACUUAUUACUGCGGAAUGAUGAUAAUAAUAUGCGACUGUGAACGUAAAUACAAGCUGGCUUUAUCUCACUAUCAUUGCUCCAUAUUUCAGCCUGCAUCCUCCCGAUAUGGUGAUAAGUUAGGUUUCGGAUAGAAAAUGGCUCCCUUGAGCUGCGCUGUGUGCCUGUAGGGCUGCGGCACCCUCUGGUGUUAGGAAGGUAGUAGUGCAGUGUGAUUCCUCCAUACGUCUAUUAGCCCCGUUUUUUUGGUACAGAGCUGCUGACCUCAAACUAGCCCAAAUAGAGCACUGCCCACCUGGACCACUGUGACGGAGAUAGGGGGUCCUGUUUCGCUGUAUAAAAUGUAUAUUUGACUGUAACCCUGUGAAUGAUGUAACAAUUUCAUUAUUUGUAAUAUUGUUAUUGGUUUAUUUUCUAAAAAUGGAAAAAGCCCAACUUGACUCUCCUCAUUAAAAAAUGAAACGAGA